AAUCCCCUGGAUACUUUGUCCAGGGGUUGACUGUGUCCUGUGACACUGCUGUAGUAGUCUAGUAUGGAAUACCCUAUAGACGAACGUGACUUUUCCGUUUCUCACCCUACUGUUUAUUUGGAAAAGCAAAAGUGGCUUCUUUGUGCUUUACACGCUCUUAACAACUUGCUUCAAGAUUCCGAGGCUUUCUCGAAAUCGGAUCUAGACUCCAUUUGUGAGAGUUUGUCACCAAGGUCUACCAGACAAAGUUUUAGUGUGAACCCGCACCGCAAUUCAUUGGGCUUCGGAAACUACGACGUCAACGUUCUCAUGUGUGCCCUUCAGCAGAAGAAGUUAACAGCAAUUUGGUUUGACAGAAGAAAGUCAGUGGAAAUUCUUCAGUUUGAAAACAUUUACGGCUUUAUAUUGAACCGACCAGUUCGAGGACUUCGACUUUCAAAGUUGCUUAUGCUUGGCAGGAAAUCUCUCCACUGGACAGCUUUAAGGAAACUAAAUGGUAUAUAUUACCAUCUGGAUUCAGGUAUGCCAGAUCCCAUAGUUAUUGGCAAAGAAGAUGCUGUGAAAAGUUUUAUUCAAAGAGAACUAGAAGACAAUGACCAUCACCUUUUGGUUGUUAUUAGCAAUGAAGCUCAUACUUCAAGUUCUUGGUUACGUAAUGAGGAAAGCACAUAGCAGCAGUAUAUGUACCACUGUAAUGUACUGGAUCACUGCAUCUUUGUUGCACCUAUUAUGCGGAUACAUAAAGAAUGGAACGAGUUGCUGCUUUCACAUGGCACAGGAUCAGAGUACAGGAUAUAAUCCCUGCCACAGGAUAGUGUACAAAUGGAGUUAUAGUAAUGACGAUGCCGUGUAGGAGGUUGAGGUUUGUAAGCAAGCUUUUCCAUAUGGUAUAUGUAUUCAUUGAAUUUAACUAUAAUCAUCUAAAUGACACAGAAGGUACUUUGCAAUUAACCAUCAUUGUAUUACAGUAUAACAUAUUGUAAUGCAUUAUCAGUUAGCCAGGCACCGGAUUGUUCGUAGAACACAUUACACAGGUAAAACAUUUCAUUGUCUACUGGUCUUUUUGUGGUAAUUGCAUGUGUAUGAUACUUUAUUAAUUAAGCUAUUGUUUCCAUACUCAAGAAUGAUUUGAUG